AUGUCCUACCGCUGCUGCUCAAGAAACUUCUCCUCCCACUCCCUUGGAGGAUAUCUGCGCUGUCCAGGCUCUUCCAACCCCAGCAACCUAGUCUACAGCACUGACCUCUGCUGUCCCAGCUCCUGUCAUCUGGGAUCCUCUCUCUACAGUGGCUGCUAUGAGCCCAUCAGGUGCCUCACACCCUGUGUGGUGUCCCAUCCCUGCCAGACAUCCUGCUACCGCCCAAGGACCUCCACGCUCUACAGUCCCUGCUGGACAACUUAUGCUAGAUCUCUGGGUUCCAGGUCGAGCAGAGGCUGCUCCCUGGGCUAUGGAUCCAGAAGCUGCUACUCACUGAGCUUUGGAUCCCAUGGCUUCAGACCCCUGGGUUAUAGAGUCUAUGGCUCCCCUUCACUGAACCACAGAUCCGGAUACUGCCAUCCUUCCUACUUCACCUCUAGGAGUUGCCAAUAA